GCAUCGCCGGGGGGUGCGCGGGGCGCGGAGCGGGAGCCGCCUCCAUGUUCCAGCUGCCCAUCCUCAAUUUCAGCCCGCAGCAGGUGGCCGGGGUAUGCGAGACCCUGGAGGAAAGCGGGGACAUCGAGCGCCUGGGGCGCUUCCUCUGGUCCCUGCCCGUGGCCCCCGCGGCCUGCGAGGCCCUCAACAAGAACGAGUCGGUGCUGAGAGCCCGGGCCAUCGUGGCCUUCCACACGGGGAACUACCGGGAGCUCUACCACAUCCUGGAGAACCACAAGUUCACCAAGGAGUCCCACGCCAAACUGCAAGCCCUUUGGCUGGAAGCGCAUUACCAGGAGGCGGAGAAGCUGCGGGGCCGACCCCUGGGGCCGGUGGACAAGUACCGGGUGAGGAAGAAGUUCCCGCUGCCCCGCACCAUCUGGGACGGCGAGCAGAAGACACAUUGCUUCAAGGAGCGGACGAGGCAUUUGCUGCGGGAGUGGUACCUGCAGGACCCUUACCCCAACCCCAGCAAAAAGCGGGAACUGGCUCAGGCCACGGGACUUACCCCCACGCAGGUGGGCAACUGGUUCAAAAACCGCCGGCAAAGGGACAGGGCAGCAGCCGCUAAGAACAGAAGAAAAAGGAAGGGGUUGGCGAGGGGUGGUGGGGACCCCGGCUUUUCUGCUCAGACCUCAGACGAGGCGGGGGUUUUGCCUUGGGUGCGUUGGCUGGCGGGCAGCGCGUCCCACCCAGGAGUUUUCUGGGGGCCAAAAGCGAAUUUCAACCUCAAAAUCGGCUGA